UCGUCUUCUCACUUCGAACUCUCGCCUGAGAAAAAACGAAAAUCGAGCAUCCAAUCUUCGCCUCAAUCCCCACUCGGCAAUGACGGUGGAGACUCUCCCCCAACCAAACGGCGUCGUUUCCAAUGGCGGCGGAGGCCUUGAUUCAAACUCCACCAUCUCAAAUGCUCCCAAGAAGUCUCGGGAGAGCGAGCGCCGUCGUCGGAGGCGAAAGCAGAAGAAAAACAAAGCUGCUCGUGCUACCGAUGUUGAUACCGCUACCGGAGACGAUAGCGAUGAUGAUGCUAAGGAAAAUCAAAAUCCGCAGCAGAUUCUGGAGCAAGUUGAGAUUGAGUAUGUUCCUGAGAAAGCAGAGUUAGAAGAGGGUAUGGAUGAGGAGUUUAGAAAAAUAUUUGAAAAAUUCAGUUUCCAGGAUUCUGCUGGUGCUGAGGAGGAUAAGAAAGAUGAGGCUGCUGAGAAAGCAACUGCAAAUAAGAAUAGUGACUCAGACUCGGAAGAGGACGAAAAUGACAACCAACAAAAGGAGAAAGGUGUGUCAAAUAAGAAAAAGAAGCUUCAACGGAGGAUGAAGAUUGCGGAACUCAAACAGAUAUGUGCUAGGCCUGAUGUUGUUGAGGUGUGGGAUGCGACGGCUGCAGAUCCCAAGUUGCUGGUCUUUUUGAAGUCCUAUCGAAAUACUGUACCCGUGCCAAGACAUUGGUGCCAAAAACGGAAAUUUCUGCAGGGCAAGCGUGGUAUCGAGAAACAACCUUUUCAGCUACCUGAUUUCAUUGCUGCCACUGGAAUUGAGAAAAUUAGACAGGCUUACAUAGAAAAAGAGGAUAGUAAGAAGUUGAAGCAAAAGCAACGAGAACGUAUGCAGCCAAAGAUGGGCAAAAUGGAUAUCGACUAUCAGGUUCUCCACGAUGCAUUUUUUAAAUACCAGACUAAGCCAAAGCUGACAAGUCUCGGUGAUUUGUACCACGAAGGCAAGGAGUUUGAGGUAAAAUUGAGAGAGAUGAAGCCAGGUAUGCUAUCACAUGAAUUAAAAGAAGCUCUUGGUAUGCCAGAUGGUGCACCUCCCCCAUGGCUAAUCAAUAUGCAGAGAUAUGGUCCUCCACCAUCGUAUCCACACCUAAAGAUUCCCGGGCUAAAUGCUCCUAUUCCUGCUGGAGCGAGCUUUGGUUAUCAUCCUGGAGGCUGGGGUAAGCCUCCUGUUGAUGAAUCCGGCCACCCACUAUAUGGAGAUGUUUUUGGUGUUCUGCAAACCGAACAGCCUAAUUAUGAGGAAGAGCCUGUGGAUAAGACAAAACACUGGGGUGAUCUGGAGGAGGAAGAGGAAGAAGAAGAAGAGGAGGAGGAAGAGGAAGAAGAAGAGGAAGAAGAUCAAGUUGGGGAAGAUGAAUUAGGGGACGGCACACAAUCUGUGGAAAGCUUCUCGAGUACGCCUACUGGUGUUGAGACACCUGAUGUCAUUGACCUUCGUAAGCAGCAGAGGAAAGAACCGGACAGGCCCCUAUAUCAAGUACUCGAAGAAAAAGAGGAGAGAAUUGCUCCAGGGACACUGCUCGGAACAACCCACACAUAUGUUGUCGGGACCGGUACACAAGACAAAUCUUCAGCUGCUGCUGCUGCUAAAAGGGUUGAUCUGCUUAGAGGCCAGAAAACAGAUAAAGUGGAUGUCACUCUACAACCCGAAGAAUUGGAAGCAUUGGAAAAUGUUUUGCCUGCCAAAUACGAGGAAGCAAGAGAAGAGGAGAAGCUCCGAAGUCAGCGGGAAGAUUUCAGUGACAUGGUUGCAGAGAACGAGAAGAAAAGGAAGCGAAAAAUGCAGGAAAAGGAAGGGAAAUCGAAGAAGAAGGAUUUCAAGUUCUAGAGUCGGAAUCUUUUCUCAUCAUCAUUUUCCAUACGGCCAACCAUCCCUGUUCUCCAAGCUCCAAGAGCCCAAUGUUUUGAGGGUGAGUUUUCUUUAUUUGUGUUUUAAUCGAAAAAUGAGACGUGUUGGGUUGGUAAUAGUAGUUGAAUGUAGUUUGGUCAAAUAUGAUGAUAUAUUAGUAUUGAGUAUUGUCUCUGUAGGAAUUCAACUUUGGUUAAAAUGAUAUUAAUACAAGUAUAUUACUGUAACCUUUUAAUAUAUAGUCCCAUCCCAACUCAUCUCAACUAGGUAAUUUCAUUUCAUAUGUAAACUUUACUGCCUGUGCUCUUACUUUUCUCUCUUGUAGACUCGAGUUAAGGGCGGGCAGUGCACCCGUGGUGCCUAACACCAUCACGAUUAUGAGGUGGCAUAUAAUUACUGGGACAAUUUAUUAUUA